AUGGGCAUUCAUAAGCUUUGGAACGUUUUAAGUGCAGGAGAGAAGAAGCUCACUCUAGAAGAACUAUCGCACGAAACUCAUCAGAAGCAAGGCUCUGGUCUAAGAGUAGCAAUUGAUGUUGCGUUAUGGGUAUUUCAGUCAAGAUCAAGUGUCGUGGGCGAUCAAAGCGAAAUCAGAUCUCUCUUCUUUCGAUUCAACAAACUGUACGAGCUUGGCAUUCGACCUGUAUUCGUGUUUGAUGGACCCUCUAGACCAGAUUAUAAGCGCAACAGGUUUAUCAACACCAGGCCGCUCGAAACCACAUUUCGCGCCAAUCUCAUCGCCAUGAUCAAGUUUUUUCAUUUCUCAAUAUGGAAUGCUUAUGGAGAAGCAGAAGCAGAGUGUGCUCUUUUACAGCGCUUAGACUUUGUGGAUGCUGUCUAUACGGGCGAUUCUGAUGUGUUUUUGUUUGGUGCUCGUCGUGUGAUCCGUCAGUGGCCAACCAGGCGUUACGAAGCAGUGCCAGUCUACGACAUUACUUGGAUUUGCGAUAGUACUUCUUUGGACAGGUCUGAUUUGAUAUUGAUAGCACUGCUACUUGGAUCUGACUAUGACACCAAAGGCACCAAAGGGAUUGGUAUCAACAUGGCUGCACAAUUGGCGAAAUGCCAUUUUCACAGAGGGUUGUUUGAUGAUAUACAAAUUGCUGGUAGAACACCUUUGGAUGAUGAACGUGUACAGCAUCUUUUCGACGACUUGACCUAUGAAUUACAGCAUAACAGCACCAAGAAUAUGCUAAGGAAACACACUGGAGUAACAUUGGACCCAAAGUUUCCCGAUUUCUCAAUUGUAAUUGACUUUAUUCACCCACUGACCAACAUUGAAAAGAACGAUCCAUCCAUAUUGAAAGCAGCCAAAGAUCUCAAAGCAAACUUGGACGUCUUCCAUGAGCCAGAUUGGCAGAAUCUUGCCAACUUUGCUCAACACACCUUCAAGUGGCCUGCAGAGUAUCUGCUAAAGAGAUUCACAUCAUUGCUGUUUCCUGCUUUCAUGGCAAAUCGUAUGCGUCGACGAACAAGCCGCUCUCCUGUCAUUUUGCAAUCAAGCUCACAGUCUUCCAAUUCCUCCUCCCAGCAGCAAAGAGCCAUAGAUGAUUACUUUCGAUCUAGCUCCCGUUGUCGAAAUGUGGAAAAGCCGAGUGAAGUUGUACGUUUGACAGCUGUUAAGGUGAUACCCGAAGGAAAUUUGAAGCAAUACCGAGUAGAGUGGGAUAAGAGCUGCUGGGAGCAUUUCAUAACGCUAUUGAAACCUCGACUGGACUCUGAAGCAUACAACACACCUGAUUAUACAUUGGUACUAUCACAGCACACGGAGGUUCAUUCAGAGGACGAACAGCUGGAAGAGGACGAAGUGGGCAGCAGUAGUAGUCAAAGCAAGUCCUCCAAAAAGGAGCCGUUUGAUCUUGUCAAGAGACAAUGGGUAGACGCCGAUGAUGUGCACCACAAGUAUUCCUCCCUAGCAUUGGAAUUUCAAGGAAAGAAGCGAAAACCAGCAGCCAAGGGUGAAGGGCUACCACAGCUGACUUCAUUCCUUGUGCUUCCUCCCAAGAGAAUUCGAUCCAACACCUCGCAUUGA